CUGUGGACGAGAUGAUGUUAAUGCACCUGAUUCUGCUGAGCUCGGCGAUCGGGAGCAGCCAGGGCUGCUACUGUGAGCAUUACCCUUGGGGGUCAUGGUCUGCCUGUUCCCAAACCUGCAAUUAUGGCACACAGACCAGGCACAGGCAAAUAAGAAUGGAUGAAUAUUAUAACCAAAACUUCUGUGACCAGCUGUGCACAAAGAAGGAAUCUCGUGCAUGUAACCAGCAAACAUGUACUAUCAACUGUCAGCUUGGAGACUUUGGUCCUUGGUCUGAAUGUGACCCAUGCAUUAAAAAACAAUUUCGUGUCCGGACGCUCCUGCGACCAUCCCAGUUUGGGGGUCAGGCCUGUACCGAGCCACUGGUGGAUUCCCGCCCGUGCUUCCCAGCUAAGCUCUGCAACAUAGUGGAAAUGGAUUGCAAGAAUAAAUUUCAGUGUAAAAGUGGUCGCUGUAUUGCAAAAAAAUUGGAAUGUAAUGGAGAAAAUGACUGUGGGGACAACUCUGAUGAAAGGAAUUGUGGGAGGAAAAAGACCGUAUGCAACAGAAAGUAUGAGAGCAUCCCAGGUGUGCAGUUGAUUGGCAAUGGAUUUCACAUUCUGGCAGGAGAAAGCCGAGGGGAAGUCCUGGGCAACUCCUUCAAUGGAGGACAAUGCACAACGGUGAAGCGCAAUGAGACAAGAAAAUCAUACCGUGUUCCUGCGAACUUGAAGGGUGUCAGCUUUCAGGUAAUAGAUGAAGAGGAUGAUGUAACAUCAGACUUCUACAAUGAUUUAACUCCUCUAAGUGACUGUGCUCAGCAAAGUAGUUCGUCCACUCACAGCAGUCGAGGAUCUUCUGGUAUACCAUAUUUAUUCUCAAGAAAGACACGAGUUAAAGUCACAUCAUCUUCCUCUUUCAGGAAAGCCAUUGAAGCCUCAUAUGAAAAGAAUUCCAAGUUUAUUAGAGUCCAUAAAAUCAUUUCUGUUGCAAACUUCACAAUGAAGCAGUCAGAUCUGCAGAUCUCAGAUGUCUUUCUAAAAGCGCUUAACCACCUGCCCCUGGAGUACAACUAUGCUUUAUACAGCAGAAUUUUUGAUGACUUCGGCACUCAUUACUACACCUCUGGGAAGAUGGGUGGUUCAUAUGACAUUCUGUACCAGUACAGCUCAGAGGAAAUGAAGAACUCAGGCCUGGCAGUGAAAGAAUCACUAGAGUGUGUCCGAACAGAAACAACAAAGCGUGUGUUCUUCCGGAAGAAAAAGAAAGUCAGCACCAGAUGCACCACAAACAGGAUGACUGUGAAACACGAAGGUUCCAUUUUGGAGUCAGCUGAACGUUCAUUCUCCCUGGUGAAAGGUGGCAGGUCAGAGUAUGCAGCAGCUCUGGCCUGGGAGAAAAAGGGGGCUUUUCCAGGCCACGAGGUCUUCACAAACUGGCUGGAAUCAACAAAGGACAAUCCUGUGGUGAUUGACUUUGAGGUGUCGCCCAUCAUGGAUUUGGUGAAGAAUGUACCAUGUGCCGUGACAAAACGUCGCAACCUGGAGAGAGCACUGAGAGAAUACAUGGGCAGGUUCGACCCUUGCCAGUGUGCCCCGUGCCCCAACAAUGGCAGGCCUGUUCUUUCUGGGACGGAGUGCCUCUGCCUGUGCCAGGCUGGCACCUAUGGCAAAAACUGUGAGACACAAGCUCCAGACUACAAAUCAGUUGCUGUAGAUGGCCGCUGGAGUUGCUGGUCUGAAUGGAGUUCAUGUGACGCUUCCUUCAAAAGAAGGAGGACCCGGGAGUGUAAUAACCCCUCCCCAAUGAAUGGCGGGAAGCCCUGCGAAGGUGAGCGGGAAGAAGAGGAAGACUGUUAUGUCUCUGUGUUCACAGACAGAGGUGCUCCUUGUAUAAAUGAUGAUGAAGCCAGGAAAGAAGAGGAUUUCUUGACUGGUGAACCUGAGUCUGGAUGCUCCAGGCCAGACCCACCAGAAAAUGCCUUUCUCAGGAAUGAAAAGAACCAGUAUGCUGUGGGGGAAGAAGUUGAAAUUGCCUGUGUGAGUGGUCAUGUUCUCAGCGGCUAUCAAUUCCUCCGGUGUCUGCCAGAUCAAACCUGGAUGCAGGAACCUGUUGAAUGUCAACCCUCGGUAUGCCUCAGGCCACCAACAUCUGACAGUGUCACAAUCUCCCCCUUUAAGCAACAGUACAACAUUGGUGAAAGUAUUAAACUGAGCUGCCAAGCUGGGUUUAUAGUCACUGGUCAAGAACAGUAUACCUGUGGGAAGGAUUUGUCCUGGACACCUCCUGUUUUGAGAUCUAUUACAUGUGAAAAAGAUAUGCAAACUAAAAUUAGAGGUGUUUGCAACCCAGGACAAAAGCAAAUUGAAUCUCACUGUGUUUGCAUGUCUCCAGAAGAAGACUGUGGCCACUACUCAGAAGACAUCUGCGUGCUACAUGCUGUUUCUGAACAGAGUGUGACCAGGCCCAGCUGUCAGUAUUUGGCUGAAAUGUGCCUUGGAGAACAAUCAUUUCAUUUCUUGCAUACUGGCCCUUGCCAUCAUAAUUCCGGCCUAGACUGGGCUAUUGAAAGGGUAAAACUCUCUACAAAUAGCUUGAAGAAAGUGCCUUGUGGCUACGACACCUGCUAUGACUGGGAAUAUUGUUCAGGAUCUGAAUGCUCCUGCCUGAUGCCUUAUGAGUGCCCCAAGGAAGAGACACGCUCUCACUGCAUCCAAAUGGAAUCAACAGGGAGGAGGAGGAUGGUCAGUUAUUGCAUGCUGGCAGCCAUGAAGUGCGCUGGGACCAAACUGGAGGUGCUGGAGCCGGGGAGCUGCCUGGAAUAG